AAAAAAAAAAAAAAAAAAACAGAAUACCCAUAACUCACCUUCUCUUCUACUCUCCUUCUCAAAUACCCAACUUCAAGAACGUCUGUCCUCUCCAAUGGCAGAUACAAAGAAAACACCAAAAACCCACCAAAAAUGUCACCCUGAACCAGAGAACUCACCCUCAAGAAGAGCUCUCAAGAGCUUCUUCAGCUGCAAAUACCACAGAGACGCAGAGGAAAAGAAAAAUAAAAAAUGCAAGAAACUCAGGUGCAACGGCUCUCUCUGUCACCUCAAAGACACAUCCAGUGCAUUGAAUCAAAAGCCAAGAGCAUCUCUGAGAGAGAUCAAUGGCGAUAACAGCACUGAUGGGGUUGCUGUUCCAAAAUCAAAGGCUUAUUUGUCUUCUAAUUCUUCUUCUACGUUGGCUACUGUUGCUUCUGCUUCUUCUUCCGUUUCUUCAUCUGUUGGUGGGUCUUUUAGGGUGAUGCAUCUGAGGAGGUUAUCUGGGUGCUAUGAGUGUCACAUGGUUGUUGAUCCUAUUAAUGGAUUUUUGAGGGAAUCUUCCUUAAGAUCUACAGUUUGUACUUGUCCUGAUUGUGGAGAGAUCUUUGUGAAAGCUGAGAGCUUGGAGCUUCAUCAAUCAGUUAGGCAUGCAGUAUCAGAACUUGGACCUGAGGACACAAGCAGAAAUAUAGUAGAGAUCAUAUUCCAGUCAAGCUGGCUCAAGAAACAAACACCCGUCUGCAAAAUCGACAGAAUCCUCAAAAUCCACAACACAAAGAAAACAAUCUCAAGCUUCGAAGCCUACCGAGACUCGAUCAAGAACAAUGCCAGCGAGAUCUCAGCCAAAAAACACCCCAGGUGCAUUGCAGACGGAAACGAGCUCCUCAGGUUCCACUGCACCACCUUCAGGUGCUCCCUCGGCUUAGACGGUUCCAGCAAUCUCUGUGAUUCUAUCCCAAGCUGCAAAGCUUGCGGCAUUAUAAGACACGGGGUUAAAACUGAUGAUUGUGGGAGGAUUCAGACCUUGGCCACGAGUGGAAGAGCUCACGACAGCGUUAAGGUUUUGAUGGAGGGAGAGAAAAGGGCAAUGUUGGUUUGUAGAGUGAUAGCUGGGAGGGUGAAGAAGAAUCAGGAAUCGACGGAGGAGUUCGAUUCUGUGGCCGGGGUUUCUGGGGUUUACUCUAAUUUGGACGAGCUGUUUGUGUUCGAUCCUAAGGCCAUUCUCCCUUGUUUUGUUGUAAUUUACAGAGAUUUUUAAGCCCUGGUUAUGCAUCAAUCAUGGUGAUUUACAAUA